AUGUCUUCACUUGAGGAUGAAUUCCAAAGAUCCUUGGAUGCCUUGAGGAUCCCAUUUGAGAAGAUAGAAUCGGCUACUCUCAUCGCAGAAAGCUUCUCCUCUGGAGACUUAUACAGGGCACAACUAGUCUUGCAAUCAGAAGAAAAGAUCGAUAUUCUAGUACGGGCGUUCGAGGUGACACAGUAUACUUUCUUAAAGAUAGUGAUGAUAGUUAUGCUCAAACACGAAAAUAUCAGCCCCACCUUACAUUGUGCUUUGGAUGAUUCUGCUUUGAAUCUUUCCGAGAGCGGUAGAAUAUUCUUGAUACAUAAGAUUGAGGCCAAUGGAAAUCUGGCGGAACAUUUAUCAUCAUCAGCUGGGUCAACCGGCCUCACAUGGCCGCAAAGGCUGAGCAUAUGUAUCGGCGUCGGACAAGCAUUAAAAUUCAUUCAUGAUUCUGACUUCGGGGAACCCGGUUGUUAUGUGAUACAUGGCAACAUCAAGAGCUCGCAAAUUUUACUAGACGACGAAUGGCAACCAAAGUUACAAGGUUUUGAAUCUGCCAUGGUAGCCCAAAGAAAUACUCUUUUUGCUACUAACGAAUAUAACCCCGCAUUACAACAUAAGGACCCGGCAUAUGAAAAGUCCGGAGCUUUGACCGACAAGUCCGACGUGUUCUCCUACGGAGUUGUUUUGUUCGAAGUCUUGUUUGGGAGGAAUGCUUCUAGUCCUCCUCCAAACGAGGCGCAAGAGGAUGAUUGGAAUUUUGCUGAAUUUGCCAGAUCCCAUUGCAAGAACAAAACGCUGGAUGAUGUGAUAGAUCCAGAUAUGCGGAAACAUAUGGACUCAGACUCGAUUCAGAUCUUCUCAAAAGUAGCAUGUGCUUGCUUAACAGAGCAACGAGAAGAACGCCCAAAUAUGGAUAAGGUUGUCAGGGAACUUGAGAAUUCCUUGAGACUUCAAAAGAAGCAUGUAAGAUCUUUAUUUGCCUUUUUGUUUUCUACCUUUUUAUCUACCUAA